UUUAACAGGCGUACGCUGACACGUUGUCGGGAUUGCAAAACUACGAAGCCCCUUCGUUCUGUUGUUUUUUUAAAAUAAACACAAUGACGAGCCACGGCGCCAAAUGUUGGCUAGCAUGUAGCACAUAGCUAGCUUUGUUUGUGGUUAGCUGAGCUGUCAAACUUCCGAAUCAUCGGCCUCCAUGAACAACUUGAAUGAUCCCCCAAGAUGGAACAUCCAACCAGAUCCCAGAGGAAGGGGGGCGGGCGCAGGCGAUGGCAACCAGUGGAACUACGCCCUGCUGGUCCCCAUGCUGGGACUGGCUGCAUUUCGAUGGAUCUGGACCAGAGAAUCUCAGAGGGAGAUCCAGAAGGUGAAAGCUCAGUAUGACAAAGAUGUGUCUACAAUAAAAAGUGAGAUGGAGGCCCGUUACCGGGAGACACUUACCGAGAGGCGCAGGGCAGCAGCUACGCUGGAGCUGGAGCUGGAGAAAGAGAGACAGCGGGUCAAAGGCUACAAGCAGGCCUUGGUCUCACAGAGCCAGCAGCUUAUGGAAGAAAGGAAGCAGUUACAGCAGGAGCGAGAGUCCUUAGAGGAAGAGAAGCAAAAGUUGGUGAAAUCUGGAGCUGCAGGUGCUCUGCUGCAUCAAGCUCUGGAAAAAGAGCAGAACUGGUACAACCGAGCCACAGUCACUCUGAAGGAGCUGGAGGGUUUACUUGUGGAGCGGCAGAACGCCUACUGCUCCCUCAUCCAGCCUCGAGAUCAGCGGCUGGAGAUGGAGAAGAACAUGCUGCUUAAGGUCGUUAAAGAUCCCAUUGGGGCAGACCUGGAUCUAGAGACUGACCUGAAGGAUAUUUUUAAGAGAGACAAGCAUUGUGCCGACCUGCUAAACAUGGACAGGAGGAAGAACGGAAGCCUCAUGUGGGUGUACCUCAAGUAUUGGCAGCUGCAGAUCACCGUCCAGAAACACAAAAGAGCCGAGGAAGCCAUAUUAGGAGGGAAAAUCCACUCAGACACAAAGUGACAAAUAGGCAACAAUAAGCCGGUGUUUUGGUUUGACUUGAAGAAUGUGGCGAGGGUGUGAUUUAGAAAUGGAAAAUUCUUGUUUUUUAUCCCCUCUGUGUAAUAAUCUUUACUUUGUAGGGAUGUUAUGCAAACACACAGGAGGUCAACGAGGUCUAACAAGGUGAGUCGCAACAUCUGAAAACUCCAUCCUUGAUCACAUUUUGAUGUUGCACUAAUAUCGCUUAUAGCAGUUCACCUCAGCUGCUCAGAUAAGGAUUUAUUUCAUUUAACUGAAGAAAAACAGAAAUAUUAGAAAUAUUAUUCAGAUGGUAUCCAUAUUGGAUACAAAAAUGCAUGGUUUAUUAAAUAUAAAAUGAUACUUUACAAUUUAGCCCCUUUAAAAAUGUUGAUUUAACGUCCAUAUUUUUUAAUGCCAUGAAUUAUUGUCAGUUAAGAUUAUAUCUCGGAAGAAGAAUUUUUUUUAUUCGUUAGAUAGGAAUUCAGGGAUGCCAUAACACUCUAUUAAAUCUAUUGUUAUGUUUUUUGUGGAUAAUUUAAGUCUGUUGUUGAAGGAGUAAUGUGGGAGAUAUUUAUAAAGAUAACUCUGGGACUUUCUGUUUUCAACAACCUCUCUGUUCAUUGAGUUUCCUCCAUUUAAAUUCCGAUCUCAUGAUCGAGCACAGCUCGUAGAACAGGGAGGAUGUUUCUGAUGACUGGUUUGUGGGUACCUCACUACUGUCAGGGACGCUGGACUUAACCGAAGUUGCAUGUAUGCAUAAGUGCUAAAUAGUGUAAUGUGUUGCAAAAACAAAAAGUAAAAUCAAGAAAAGCACAUUUAAUUUCUUACUGUAACACACAUACACACAUGCAAUGAAAGGAUUUACUAAAUCCGUAGCAUUUUUCUUUGGUUAUCAGGCCUCUCUGUGCUGCCAUGUUUUCAUUUUGACCUUGAGGAUUAAGUGCUGGAUGCUAAACUGACACUUAUAACUCUGUGUGAUCAUUUGAAUAAAUUUGUUUUUGUUUAGAACUCA